AUGGAGGAGGAUAGUGAUGGUGGGGAGGGAUCAACUGAUGAUGACGAUGAUGAAAUGCCAGAUGAUGGUGAUGACGGUCCCGACGACUCAAUGAGCCGGUUCGAUGAUCAGACGGAGGUCAGACGGGAAGCCCUCAUCAGGAAAGGAUCAAACACUAAUGAGAUUUCACCUAAGAAGGGAAGGGUGGAACCAGAGGGUUCUGCUAAAAUCCUUUGUUGGAAUUGUAGGGGUAUCUCAGAUCGGGAUACUUCUUCUCGGCUCUUCCGGAUCAUCAGAAAGCUUAAGCCUCUCUUGGUUUGCCUUGUCGAAACUCGCGCUAACUCGGUUCGAGUUGAGCGUCUCUGCAAGAAAAUUCCUAGGCUUUGGGAAUGGGCGUCUAUUCUUGCUGAUGGUUAUUUAGGUGGUAUCUUUAUCCUUUGGAACUCGGCCAUCGGUCAAGUCUCUCCUAUCGCUGUUUCUCGUUGUGUUUUACAUUUAGUGGGUUCCUCUUCAUUUUCUAAAACUAUUCUCAUUUCGGUGGUUUAUAACUCUUCUCGCUGUUCUUCUCAACGUUAUCUCUGGCAUGAACUUUCCAAGCUUUCUUCCCUUGGGUUUCCUUUUCUUAUUCUGGGAGAUUUUAACGCUAUUCUCUCCAGAGAUGAGCACAGGGGAGGCCCCUUCACUAAUUAUAAUCCUUGGGAUUUUUAUCCUCAUGGUAAUCCCAUGCAGGCGUUUACUCAUUUUCUUUCCCGUACUCGUUCUAAGCUCAUUUUCUGGUCUCGUUCGGGGGUGAAUAAUUUGGAUGCUAUGAUUUCUAAAGUUGAAGCGGAUAUUGGUUGUAUGGAAAUUUCGGAUUUUGAUCCUAAUAAUCAACCUGGUCUGACGUAUCUUUAUGCCAAGCUUGCUGCCUUGCAGCGCCAGAAUAGCAUUAAGUGGGCUCAGCGCGCUCGCUUACAGUGGAUUUUGGAUGGUGACAAGAAUACUCAUUUUUUCCACGCUAUUUGUCAUAUUCACUCUCACUCUAACUUUAUUGCUCAGAUUGAGGAUAGCAAUGGCAAUGUCUUUAGUGAUUCUUCAGGCAUUAAUCUUGCCUUCAUGAAUUUUUAUCAAAAUCUUUGGAGCGAGUCUUAUAACAAUUCGUCAUACUUAACUGAUGCUCUUCCUCCUGAUCUUCCUAUGCUGUCGGAUUCUGACAAAACAUUGCUCAUUCGGGAUGUUACUUUAGAGGAAGUUCACCGUUCUCUUUUUGAUCUUCCCUCAGGGAUGUGGUUCUCGAGCAAUUCUUUCGGACAACAUUUCGAUGUCAUACUUACUCUUGAAGUUGCUCUUCAUUACGCUUUGGAGAUUCGGAUUCCCGGAGUUGCUGCAAAUUCAAAUUCCACAAUUUAUUACUGGAAAAAUUUUUGUGCUCACUUUUUUCGCCAUUGGUGUCAAAAUUGUACUCCCAUGCUUUGCUUGUUGAUCCUCUCAACCAGGGGCGUGAGUCUGAUCAGGAAGAGCUCAGUUUCUCUAUUUCGAUCUUUGGAUGGCAUUGAGCAACUUAUCUAUGGGACUUCUGACGAACAUGAUUUGAGAAGCUCUGGGUUGUUCUUCACAGACAGUGAUGUUGAGUGUGAAAUCCUUUAUGAGUUGCUUAGAUGCAUGAGCAUUAUCAAUCAUCAGCUAGGGCGAGCUGCUUCUGCUGUGUUUUAUGAAUCUAUUGUCAGUCCAAUCAUCUCCUCUGAUGAGGUUAUCUUCCACUUAUUGAAGAUAUUGGAAACUGGAUCAACUCCACUGCUAACAAUGUCUCUUGUAUCACAAGUUGGAGUUAAUGCUGCAUUGGAGAAGAAACAAGCAGCUCACAAAAGCCAGAGGAAAUUUUCUGUUGAAAUGUUGAUGGCUCUUCACUCUUUGCGCACUAAAGCUUGUUCCUGGUCAAGUGUUUUAGAUAUCGUGGAGAAGUACCUGAAGUUUCUGAACCCUCAUAAAAGUAAUGAACAAUGUGAAUCAAUGGAGAUUUAUAAUGUCAAUUCUAUUUUGUUAAUUCAAGCUGCCACGCAAGUUUCCAGAGUGAUGUUUGAAUCUGCUUUUGAUAUACUCCUACUUCUUGGUUAUCUUGUCAACAAUAGUGGGCAGGUCUAUUUGAUGCAAAGUGAUCUUGCUAGAAUAAAAGUUAAGUUGAUUCCAAUGGUUCAGGAGCUACUUACCCAGUGGCUUAUUCUCCAUUUUGUUGGAAGUACACCGUCUACACCACUGAUUGGAGAUGAUUUCAGUUCUCGUCUUUCUUCGUUGCAUAUAGAUAGUAACCAUGGAAAAUCAUCAUGGAAUGGCAAGCUUGGUGCAUCUGAUUUCCCAUUGGCUGGCUUGCUUGAUAUUCCAGUCUCUUCUGAUGGUCAGGAAUUUCCUUGUUCAGAAAUGUUUGCUGAUCCAACCAAAUAUAUAGCUUGUCUAUGGAAGUUUAUCAGUUGGAUUGUGAGGGGGGAAACCUGUGAGGGAUCUCUUCUUUCUACUGGCCCCACUAUUGCUGUGACAUCUCUUCUAAUUUGUCAUGGUCAAUAUGAAGCAGCUGAGAAUGUACUUCUUAUAAUAGAUGCUUAUUUGAGUAAAAGAAAAGUAAGUGCAAGUGCUCAGAGUACUGAUGGUGGAUGGAGUGCUCGGCUUCAUCUACUUGGGUUUUGUCUUCUUUUGCAAGCACAAAAUGGACUUCAUGGUCCUGUGAAGGAGAGGAAAAUUCAUGAAUCUGUUCGAUGUUUCUUCAGAGCUGCAUCUGGGCAAGGCGCUAUGCAAUCUCUACAAAAUGUAUCAGUCCAAACUGGCUUUGUAUAUCAAGGUGAAUUUUUAUCUAAUGCGGUGUGGAAGCUUCAUUAUUAUCAAUGGGCAAUGCAGAUUUUUGAGCAAUAUGGUAUGAGUGAGGCUGCUUGUCAGUUUGCUCUUGCUGCCCUUGAGCAAGUAGAUGAAGUUCUUGGCUCAAAAGACUGUAAGGAUGGUGAUGAGCUUCCGGAACCUGCAAGUACCAUUCAUGGACGGUUGUGGGCCAAUGUCUUUAAGUUCACUUUGGAUCUCAAACACUAUAGGGACUCUUAUUGUGCCAUAAUUUCGAACCCAGAUGAAGAUAGCAAAAGUAUCUGUUUGAGGCGUUUUGUCAAUGUUCUUUGCGAGCUUAGUGCAAGCAAGGUUCUUUGUGAUGGCACAAUACCAUUUGUUGGUUUAAUAGAAAAAGUGGAGCAGGAGCUUGCCUGGAAGGCCGAGAGAUCGGAUAUUUCUGCAAGGCCAAAUUUGUAUAAAUUACUUUAUGCCUUCGAAGCUAAUCAAAACAACUGGAGAAAGGCAGCUAGCUAUAUGUAUAAAUAUUCUGUGAGAUUGAAGAGAGAGGCUACUUUAAAUGAGAACAAACAGCUUUCUUCUGCACUGCAAGAGAGAUUGCAUUCCUUGUCGACUGCAAUCAAUGCUUUGCAGCUUGUUGAUCCAGCUUAUGCCUGGAUCGACUUUCAGCCGGAAGACUCCCUUGAAGAUCAAGAUUCAUCAAAUAAAAGAAUUCGAAAAGUCCUGGCCGAAGAUUCUGCUCACACUACUGGUCCUUAUUCUUGGAGGCAACAAUAUUGUGUUGAUAUUGAAAUGCUUGAAAGAGAGUAUAUUCUAACAUCAGCACAAUAUAUGAUUACUCUUGCGACUGAUAAAUUCAAAUGCGCAGCAGGUCAAAGUCAAACAGUUCUUGUGAAUAUAGUGGAUGCUCUGGUUCAGGAAAAUUUGUAUGACAUGGCUUUCACAGUUAUACUCAAGUUUUGGAAAGGAUCUGAAAUGAAAAGGGAGCUGGAACGAGUCUUCAUUGCGAUUGCACAGAAAUGCUUUCCAAACAGAGUUGGCUCCUCUUAUUUAGGGAGCACUUUGAAGACUCGCUGCUUGUUGUUGCCAUCGUCAGAUGAUGAAACAAAUUUUAGCAGCAAAUUAAAUGCUAGCUUUGCAAUACAACAAUUUAAGGGAAGCAGCCAAUGGGAAAUACUUGAGCUUUAUAUCGAGAAGUUCAAGAAGUUACACCCUCAAUUACCAGUUGUUGUAGCUGAGUCUCUUCUGCAUACCGAUCCUCAGAUUGAGCUUCCCCUUUGGUUGGUCCAUAUGUUUAAGGGUAGUCGGAGGGUGGCAUCGUGGGGGAUGACAGGUCAAGAAUCAGAUCCGGCAUCGCUGUUCCGUCUUUAUGUAGACUAUGGCAGACUAGCUGAAGCUACCAAUCUGCUGCUCGAGUACCUAGAUUCCCUUGCUACUCUGAGACCAGCUGACGUGAUAAAUAGAAAGAAAAUGUCUGCUGUUUGGUUCCCAUAUGUAGCCAUCGAACGGCUCUGGUGCCAACUAGAGGAGUUGCAGAGUGCUGGACAUAUGGUUGAUCAAUGCGACAAGCUCAAGCGGCUAUUAGAAAGCGCGUUACGCAACCAUCUGAAGCAGGUGAAGUUGGACUCUGAAGAUGCAGUAGCUGCUUCCCUUGGAGAAGAAAUGCAGCAGGAUCAAUGAUCAAUAAUCAAUAAUCAAUAAUCAGGUCAGUUGGAUCACCCUGCAUGUUUGUAUGUGAAAUAGUCAGAUAUGAUUGUGAUCAACGAAACAAAUACAUCCAUUUUGAUGCUUGAAUUAUUCAAAUAUAUUUAUUUUUUAUCCA